GCAAACACAAACAAACCGCUGACAUUACCGACGCCUACAUAACCACCUCCUGUGUUUUUUUUUUUAAGAGGAGGGGGGACUUUAUGAGUAGCGGAGGGUGAAUUUGUUUGAGCACACGCUGUCAGGAUGAGCUGAUGUGAGCGCUGCAUCAAGUGCGCGGUGGUGAUGCUCCCGUAUAAAAUGUAUUUUGGCACAGAGGGGGAUGCAUCAGUUUAACCCUCGGCUCUGCCCUCCGGACUCGCCCAUACAGUGUUCAGCCUAGAUAAGUUGAGGGGAUGUGUGAUCCUAUUGUGAGGAAUCCUGCCGCACGAUAUUCCUGAGGAUCUCUCUCUGUUCGCUUUUUUUCCCUUCAACUUCGAUGGCUUGAGUGGCCCAUUUGCACUCAUGCUUGCAGCCGAGGAGGGAUGUAAGGUACGGGCCAUCUACCGCCCUCACAUUGCACGGAGUAGCGGCGUGAUUCAGGUCGCUAUCUGAGUGCCAAUAAGAAAAAAACUACUUUCGAGAUGUGAAUUAUCGAGAUUGCUACUCAUUCCACCGGCUCGCCUGUCCUAUGCUAUCAACAACGGGAUUUCAAGAGGAAAAUGAUUGUGGCAUAAACUAUUUCUGGAGACGCUUGUCACAGAUAUCGCCGCUGAACUGGACAGGGUGGAUGGUUAUUUCCCAAACAGUUCAAGCCUAUGUAUACUGCAUUUAUUUGUUGGAACCCCUGCCUAGUAUCUUCGAGAACAGCGCAAGAGGAAUGCUGGUCCAAGAUCUAAUGCCAUUUACUUUAAGUUUUUGGCCUUUUUUCUUCGGUCAUUGCCUUCUCUCACUGUUUUUACUCUCAUGCCAGGGAGAACUCCAGAGGUCAUGCUCACAGACUGUGGCGGAGAAAGUUAGCGAACAGUGCCAGCUGGCAUGCCACUGUAGAAGAUACCCCCCCCUUCCUCCUCCGCCACCUCCUCCGCCUCCUCCACGGCUACUGGGCACCACAGUGCCAGAGCCCGUGGAGCCCUCGUUGAGGCCCUGGUGGAUGGAGAUGGACAUCGUAGUGCUCGGAACGGUGGGCUGUGCCUCAGUGGUCUUCCUCCUCUCAGCCAUCAUCAUCUGCUACAAGGCCAUCAAGAGGAAACCACUACGAAAGGAGGAGAACGGGACAAGUCGCGGGGAAUAUGCCAUGAGCAUCCGUAACAAGAAGGCCAUUGGCACGAACAACACUGUGGUAUAGACUGUCUCCAGAUAGACACAGGAAGUGACAUCACAAUUACAGUCUCUCACCUAAACCCCCCCUGAAUACAACAAUCCCCUCUCACCCAGAAUGCAACAGGGUUUGACCCGAGGUUUUCCAAUAGGUUAACCGUCCCCUCUUUGCUUGACAUGUUGCCCGGACUGAAGACACCAUUCAGCUCAAGAGGAGCUGCAAAAGAUGGAAGGAAAAAAAAUCAAGGCAGAAAGGACGGAGUGAAAAAUCCACAAACCCCCAUGGUGUCGAAAGUGGCACAGCAGGCUGAACAUUAUGCUCUUAGUAACAGCAAGUGUUGCUGACAGGCUGGUUGGCUGCUGGCUGGAGAGGGACUGUCUGCCAGUCGGCCGCAGAUCCAGACCUCACACACUGUUGACAUCUGCAAAGGAACAACAGACAAUACAGCACCCAGGACAGGAGAGGCCCAUCAUACACAAUAAAUAACGUGCAUGCAGUUUUUACAUAGAAUGCAACAUUUUUUUAUAUUCCAGUCCCAACACUGUCCAUCUUUUGUUCUGCAUUUUUUGAGACAGAUGCUUUGUGAGAGGCAUGUUGUUCUUGUCGGUCCUGGCUCUCAGAUGUGGAUUCAUAUGACUAUGCAAUUUAAAGAAAUCCAUAUUGAAAAAAAAAAGAAGAGCAACGACAUCAACAAAGGACGGUUAUUUUACCAUUCCAAAAAUGCUCAAUGUAAUAUACUUCAGUCAUUCAUCCAUUUAUUUGUUCAAUUUAAUUACUUAUCUACCUUUUGAAUUUAUUUUUCUACUUAAAGGAAAAAAAAACCUGUCUUGAAAGUUACUCAUAUCUUUACAAAACUCAAACAUCUUGAUGAAUUAUUUUUAUUUCUUGAUAGCUCUGUUUUUUAAGUGAAUAAUUUAUAAACCGUAUAAUUCAUUUGUGAUGCUCCGAUGCUUUAAGCCUGCUGUCAGUUUGUUGAGACACUGAUGCAGAAAACGCGCUUGCUCUGCAAAGAGUUUUUGUACCAGUUGUUUUGUCUCUGGGUGUUUGAUAUGCUUGUCUCUGUUUCAUUGAGACUUCAGAAGUCAGUGGUUUCUUUGUGUCUCUAUAUGUGAAUGUGUGUUUUCUGAACAUUAUUUCUGUGCCGCAUCAUAAUGGCAGCUUCCAUUGUUGAUUAGUUCUCUCAAAGCAAGCUCCCCACUACAAGUUAAACCUGCUCACACAAGUCGUUCGGUUGUUUCAGAGUCUUGGGGUCAGCGAGAUGCCCACAGCCGUGCUUUGUUUGAAUCUUUAUUUUUCCAUCUGUCAAGUAGGGCUUAGCUCAUCGCUAUAGAAACAGGGGACAUGAGCCCAGGGCUGACCUUGUGACUGGCGAGAGACAGGAGACUUAGCCAAUAGCCAGAGAUCAGGUUGCACAGAGGAUGGCCUCAGCAGGGAUGUGUGUGUGACUCAGUGCUGUCACCGGCAUCCUCCACAUCCCCGCUGGAAAAACACAACUGAGCUGAACUGGAGCAUCACUCUGCUUUUAUAAAUUAAAUCUGCGUGUGUAUGUGCGUGCAUGCGUGUACGUGUGUGAGGGCGUGUUUGUGUGUGUGUCUAUCUGUCUGUGAGUGUGCAUGCGGAUGAGUGUACUCAGUGAGAGUGGGCUGUGCUCUGUGGCUGUCAGUUAAGUAUAGAUAUUGGCUAAACUGUGGACAUUUGGUAAAACACAUGCUUGCAUCUAAAACAUGAACAUAUAUUAGCUACCAGUAUACCCCACCAUGUACCUAUAUGAGAGAAAUGAUGGAUGCAUGAAUGUAAAUAUCCAUAAUUAAAUAUCUGCCUUCUGGACUGUUAAUUAAUGUACAGUGUGACAGAACAUAUGUUUAUACAUAGUAAAACUUAAACAAUGUGCUACCAUUUAGAAUAAUGUCAAUGUUGUCAUGUUGAUGGAGCAAGCCAUUCAUGUAUAUAUGGCAAUCAAUAGUACAUACACAAUUUAUGCAUUAUACCAAGCAGAUAGAAAGAUGUGCAUAAGUUGAUUUCAUUGCUGAGUUUUUCAGUUGUAAAUAAAACUGUACAUAACAACAGACCCACAGUCUAUUGUUUUUAAAGAGGUAUAUGUACACAUUGAGAUCUGUUAUUAUGUUAUGGCAGACAAACUGGCCGUCUGUG